AUGGUUUUCAAGGUCCAGAAUUUGCAGCGAACCGUGAUCCGGUUUGAGGAGUAUCGAGAGAUGGUGAAGUCUCGGGCUAGUUCAGGAGGGGUUGAAGGUGGUAGUGAAGACCACGCGCGAUGUAUUGCGGAUGGGAAUGAAAUGAUGAGGUUUUAUUGCUUGGAGCCAACCAAUGGCGGCGCGUAUGAAGAAUGCGGUAGCGCUUACGCUUUUCAAGGAGGAAAAGGGGCGGCGAUAUUCACGUUUUCAGGGAGUGGGGCGGCCUAUGAAAGUGCAGGCGGUGGGAGUGGAAGGAGGGCCAUGUUGGUUUGUCGGGUCAUUGCCGGUCGGGUUUGCAAGCAACUCGGUUUUGACUCGUUGCUUGAAAGACGAGUGGGUUUCGACUCGGUGAGUGGGGACAAUGGCGAGUUGCUACUGUUUGAUUCACCUGCGGUGUUGCCUUGCUUUCUUAUCAUCUAUAAAUUGUAAAAAUUCAUUGGACGAAGUAAAUAUUUUCCUUGCAUUUAUCAAGACCAAUUUUCUUUUUCUUUCUUGAAUAUUGUCC